AUGAUACCUACUAGAAGAGAGGUCUUCCUUGAAGACAAAGAGUACGAGCCAGCCUAUGUAUUACUCUUCACCAUUGCCUCGUCCAUGAUCUGGAUCAUGGUGCCCGGUUUGGCAUUUUUAUAUUCUGGUUUGUCCAGAAGAAAGUCGGCGCUUUCCAUGCUUUGGAUUGUGAUUGUGAGUUCGUUUGUAUGUGUGUUCCAGUGGUACUUCUGGGGAUACUCUUUGGCCUUCUCCAAGUCCGGAAACUCGUUUAUCGGAAAUUUGCAUGCGUUCGGAUUCAAAACUGUUUUGGGCAAAACAAACGACGACUCUGUCUAUCCCCAGAUCGCUUUUGCUAUUUUCCAAAUGCAGUUCCUUCUAGUCACUAUCGCCAUUAUGGCCGGUGGCUUGGUCGCCGAGAGAGGUCGUUUCGUUCCAGCACUCGUCUUCAUGUUCUGUUGGGCAACUGUGGUGUACUCCCCAGUCGUUUACUGGAUCUGGGGUGGUGGCUGGGCCUCUACAUGGAGAGGAGGUGCUCUUGACUAUGCCGGUGGAGGACCAGUCGAGAUCUUGUCUGGUGUGUCCGUUUUCGUCUAUUCUGCCUUCUUGGGCAAGAGAAACCCAACCUUGAUGAUCAACUUCAGACCACAUAACAUCUCCACCAUUUUCUUGGGUACCAGUAUGUUGUAUGUCGGUUGGUUGUUCUUCAACGGUUUCUCUUGUGGAAACGCUUCUGUCAAGGUUCCUUACUCCAUGAUGAACACUCACUUGUCUGGUGCAUUCGGUGCCAUUACUUGGUGUCUCUUGGAUUACCGUUUGGAGGGCAAAUGGUCCAUGGUCGGUAUUUGUUCCGGUUGUAUUUCUGGAUUGGUCGCUGCUACUCCUGCCUCCGGCUUCAUCCCAUUGUGGGCAUCUGUCAUCAUGGGUAUUGUGUCAGGUGUCGUCUGUAACUUCUCUACCCAAUUGAAGUACUUGUGCCAUGUGGAUGACUCUCUUGAUGUUUUGGCUGAGCACGGUAUCGCUGGAAUGAUUGGUUUGUUGUUCAAUGGUAUCUUCGGUUCUGCCACCGUGGCAGGCUACGACGGUGUCACCGACCACGCCGGUGGCUGGAUUGACCAUAACUGGAAGCAAUUGUACAUCCAAAUUGUCUAUAUUUUGGCCACCACCGCAUACUCUGCUGCUGUCACUGCCAUCUUGUGUUUCGUCAUCAACAAAAUCCCUGGUUUGCAUUUGAGAGUUGACUACAACGCAGAGGAGCAGGGUGUUGACGAAGACCAAAUCGGUGAGUUUGCUUAUGACUAUGUUGAGGUCAGAAGAGACUUCUUGGACUGGGGUGCUCCUCUGGGAUACCAAACCGAGGCAGCAUCUGCUGCACCUGCUGCUGCUGAAGUUUUGCAGGCUGUCGAUGCUUCCGCCGAAGGUUCCAGCAACGAAGAGCCGAUCAACAUCUCGGAGAAGCGUGAUUAG